CCGGAAUGUUUAUGCAUCUGCAAUUUUGAGUUUUGACCUCGGAGCUACUCUGGCCGAGGUUACAACUUCACUCUUUAAAGUCAAAUUCAUCUCGCCGGGGCUUCACUUGUGUAGUGAUUCGCAAAGGAUUUUCCUCGCUCUUGGAAGAAGUGCACUUGCAGGCAACAUGCGCAGUUUCCUCUUGUUGAGCCUAUUAGGCCUUCUCGCCUUCAGCAUGGCGGACGACGACUACGAGGUGCCGGAAGACAUGGUUGAGGAGGCGGAAGGAGCAGUGGAGGAGAGCGAGGAGGCGGCGGCCUCUGUGGCGAACGAGGUGGGGCCGAAGCCGGAGGCACCGACAGCGCCCACGUUCGGGGGUCUGGGGGCUUUUGGCGCCCUGGGGCUCGGCGGCGGGAACUGCGACUGUGGCGUCUUCCUCACCGGUUCCUUCACCAAGGGAUCCAGCAAGCAGCCCACCGAGAACCCCGCCCUCGAGCACGAGUGCCCCGAGGAGACCGCCUGCAACGCCAUCGGACUCAAGCAGUGCACCAACAAGUGCCUUGAUGUGCUCGUGAAACACUUGCCGAACAGUCCGACGAUAAUCUGCGGAGCCAUCGACCGCGAGGUCUACAAAGAACGCGCCUACCUUUGGGUGAAACACUGCAACACAACCCAUUGGACCAACACAAACCUCUCGGCCGGCAGGGAGUACUGCUGCAAGGACAACGCCCCUUACAAGUGCCCCGUUGUCUAAACACAACUUCUCUCUCCACCAUCCUCCUUGUAAAUACCAAAGUCUAGUCCUAAGGUUUCGUUAGUUUUUUCGUAGAUUUUUUGUAUAAAAUAUAAUAUAUUUUUUUUUACUUCAAUUUA